UUUGAUGAUUAAUUCACUAAGAUAGAAAAGCAGACAAGUUUCUAGUUAGAAAGUCUAGAAAAGUACUAUUUACCAGAUAUAGGGACUCCAUUUGAGUUGUCUAAGGUCCUGGUACAAUGCAUUGCAAGGUAUUUCGAUUGGAUAAACUGGUUUAUCAACAGUUGAUUUGCAUGCUUCAGUAGUUGACACAAACAACAAAUAUAUAUAUUUGACAGCAUUACUUGGCAGAAAAUUCGAACUGAUGGAAAGUAUCUUUUCCAAAAUAUUUAUUUAGGAUAAGAAUGUUUUUCAGCAAUGAGUAGUUUCUUAAUGAUGGUCCUAUCUAAAAGCUUCAUUUAUUUGGAAACAGAUAAAAAGAUGGAAGUAUUAUUUUAGUCAAAGUAAAAAUAAAAUAAUUAAUACAUACAUAAAUAAAUUCUACUUAAAUAAUCUAUGCACUAACUAAUCCUAUAUUAAUAUAUUGUCCACGUAACUAUCACUACAAAACUUCAGUUACACGUCAUGAAGUUCAAACAAUAAAAAAAGAAGAGAAAGAAAGAAAUGUUUCUGGAUCUCUUCAUUCAGAUCUCCAUUUCAUAGAAGUAAAUCAGUGAGCAACAUUUUCAAACCGAAUCAUUAUUUCCAAAAUCAAUGGGUGCUUUUGUUAAGCUAUUGGACUUACUUCUUUUUGUCUAUUUCAUCUUCACUGCCAAUUCUAUACCACUCCUUAAUAGCCAAGUUGUCCUUCCUAAAUACAUGUUUCCUUCCAUGCUGGUUGACUUAAUGAACUGGUACAUUCAAGAAUUUGGUGAUUAUUUAGCUUCUGAGAAACCUCAUUUCUUUGUUGGCUUAGUAUGGUUGGAGCUUCUCUUUUCAUGGCCACUUUGUGUCCUUAGUCUUUAUGCCAUUGCAGCUGGAAAAUCUUGGAUUAAUACUACCUGUUUGGUAUAUGGUGCUUCCACUAUCACUUCAAUGGUGGCCAUAAUAAGUGAAUUGAACGGUUCCAAGAGAGCAUCAGUCAAGUUGCUGUUGGCGUACUAUCCAUUUCUAGGAUUUGCUGUUUUAGCAAUCUUACGUGGUCUACUACCUCAUUCUGGCAAGACAAUUAGCAUUGGAAAAAGAUCUGAUAUAGGCAGGAAGAAAAGGGCUUAAUCAUUCAACUCAGAAGCUAGAAUAGAUGAGUUGUAACUUUGUAUUUCUUUUGGCAGUGAUACCUAGAAACCGUAUCAAAUUUGUUCUUGGUUUGUUUUUAUUUCCCCUGCUGACAUAAUGUCGUAGUGGCUUGCACAUGAGUUUUCACGCAAACAAUUACAAUUCAAUGUAGUUUCGCAAGUGCUGGCAUUGUUAGCUUGAUGAUCUGAUUUGAUUUC